AUGAUAUCGACUAGAGGGGUACCGACAAUCAUAACUUCAGAUAAUGCGUUAUAUUUCAAACUUAUAUCAGAAAUAGUAUCAAAACCGUAUUGCAUCCAGAAUCAAAUCCAAUGGAGAUUUAUACCAGAACUGGCUCCAUGGUUUGGCGGUUUCUAUGAAAGAUUAAUAGGCUUGGUUAAGCACUGCAUGAAGAGGACGUUUCAGAAACACUUACUGAAGGAUACCCAGUUGAUGACAGUAAUGAAAGAAAUUGAGGCAAUAUUAAAUACGAGACCAUUAAUGACUGUUGACACUAAAAUGGAACAUGUUCUCACACCAGCCGACUUCCUUACAGCGGGUAGAUGUAUCACCUUAGUAGAUUCGCAGGAAAAAUUACUACUAGAAGGUGUAACUACAAAGGUAGACCUAGUAAAGAGCUGGAGAAAAGUUAGAAUAGUUUUAGAGGAGUUAAAAGAAAGGUUUGAAAACCAAUAUCUUCCGAGCCUGAGGGAACAAUAUUGGAAUUCUCACAAGGAUCCUAGAAUAUUAUCGAAGGAGUUACCUAAAGUAGAUCAGAUUGUACAGAUCAAAGAAAAUAAAAACCGUGAAGAUUGGAGAGUUGGCAAAAUAGUUUCUCUUAUUAGAGGAUCUGAUAGUUAA